CGCAUCCCCAGGGUGGAAGCGACCCGCCGCCGUCGCCAGGUCAUGUACCUCCGCCGCCCGCGGCGCCCCCGCCGCGGAAACUCCCGUCUCCGGCCACGCACUGCCCGCGCGAGCAACCCGCCUCGCCGCGCCACCCGCAACCGCCGCGACCCACCACCGACUGCGGCGCCACCGGCGACGAAUUUGAAUCGCCCGCAGGAUCGCCUAACCCUAUCCGUCCGGACAUACCGUUUCGCUCCGUGAUACCAAAAUUGCGCCAGCACAACAUUGGCUUCUACUGUCUGCCUCUCUUGCAACCUUUCCCCUUCGUCUGCGCCGGCUCCUAGAACGCUGCUUCUCAAUUCCUCAUAUGUGUUUUUCUUCCAUUGCUAUAUUCACCGGUUAUUGCUACCUCAAGAAGCAAUUUCAUUGCUCGUCUACCAUUUAUUCAGGUCCACACAAGGAAAAUUCAAAAAAAAAGAGCGAAAGCAGGUUUCAUCCAUCAUUGACUAGGAACAAUUCCAGUGCUCGUCCUUCAAUUUAUUCAGGCCAUUCCACACACAAAAAAGAUCGUAAAAACAAAGUGGAAAUUUUGUCUUAAUUGCUUGUCAUCCUAUUUUUCCAUUCUGUACUUGUUCAUCUCCAUAUUAUGUGUGUCAUCAUUUAGUAUCUUUCUGGAUGGAGUCUGUUCUCUUUUUUUCUCUCUAGAAACACCUCUUAAUCUCUCUUUCAGCCCUAGUGACCUUCAUCUUAGAGCAGGAAACUCCCAUAGUUUGUCUUUCUGCACCAAAGAUCUGUCAUCUGUGCAUCCACAAAAUAAAGAUAACUCCCCUCCACAUACACCAAAAAAGUAAGUACAGAAAACCUGCAAUCUGAUGGCGGCAGUGGCCUUAGCUGCCUUAAGAUUGGCUUCAUCUCCGGUCUUGAUGAAGCUCCUUGCUAAUGCUUCAACAUUCCUUGGAGUGGAUAUGGCGCGUGAGCUCCAUGAACUGGAGACCAUUAUGAUGCCGCAGUUCGAGCUGGUGAUUGAAGCAGCAGACAAGGGGAACCACAGGCUCAAGUUGGAUAAAUGGCUUCAGGAACUCAAAGAAGCCUUUUACCUGGCCGAGGACUUGAUGGAGGAGCAUGAGUACAACCUCCUCAAGCGCAAAGCAAAAGGGAAGGAUUCCCUGCCGGCCGAUGCCUCCUCCAUCAGCAACACUCUAAUGAACCCUCUGCGUGCUGCAUCGAGCAGGCUCUCCAAUCUGAGCUCAGAAAACAGAAAUCUAAUUAGCCAGCUGAAACAACUGAAGGCUACCCUGGCGAAAGCCAAGGACUUCCGUGAACUGCUCUGCUUACCAGCUGGUUCUAAUAUUGCAGGGAGCCCCACCGUACCAUCAGCUUCUGCUAUUCCCGAGGCUACGUCACUGCUACCUCCGAAAGUGAUUGGCCGUGACAAGGAUUGCGAUCGUAUAGUAGAUCUUCUUACCAAGACAACUGGUACUGUAGCUAGUACAGCUAUGUUCUCGGGUUUGGCCAUUGUUGGAGUUGGAGGUAUGGGAAAGUCCACAUUGGCACAGCUUGUUUACAAUGACAAGAGGGUAAAAGAAUAUUUUGAUAUGACAAUGUGGGUAAGCAUCUCACGUAAACUUGACGUCCGUCGUCAUACGCGUGAGAUCAUCGAGUCUGCCUCACAGGGUGAAUGCCCACGCAUUGAUAACCUUGAUACUCUGCAGCGCAAGUUGACAAACAUACUGCAGGAAUCAGGGAAAUUCCUGCUUGUGUUGGAUGAUGUCUGGUUUGAACCUGGCAUGGAGACGGAGUGGGAGCAACUGUUAGCUCCUCUUGUUUCCCAACAGACGGGAAGCAAAGUUUUGUUAACUUCUCGACGGCAUACAUUUCCAGCUGCUCUUUGCUGUGAAGAUGUGUUUCCACUAGAAAACAUGGAAGAUACUCAGUUCUUGGCACUCUUCAAACACUAUGCAUUCUCCGGAACAGAAAACAGAGAUCCGCUAUUGCGGGAAAGGCUUGAAGAUUUUGCAGAGAAGAUUGCCAAAAGGCUUGGGCAAUCCCCUUUGGCGGCAAAAGUUGUGGGUUCCCGGUUGAAAGGGAAAACGCAUAUCACUGCAUGGAAGGAUGCUUUAACUAUAAAGAUUGACAAAUUAAGUGUUCCCAUGAGAGCUCUGUUAUGGAGUUAUGAGAAGUUAGAUCCAUGCCUGCAGAGGUGCUUCCUAUAUUGCAGCUUAUUUCCGAAAGGCCAUAAUUAUGUUAUUGAUGAGUUGGUUCAUCUUUGGAUGGGAGAGGGAUUUUUUGACUCAUCCAACCCAAACAAUAGAGUGGACGAUAUUGGGAGGGAUUGCUUUAAUGAGAUGAUCUCUGUUUCCUUCUUUCAACCAGUUUACGAUAAAUACAUUCGCUACUAUGUUAUGCAUGAUCUCCUUCAUGAUCUGGCGGAAUCACUCUCUAAAGAAGACUACUUCAGAUUGGAAGAUGAUAAGUUGACAGAAAUACCCUACACUGUUCGACAUCUAUCUGUUCGUGUUGAUAGUAUAAAGCAACAAAGGCAAAGUAUCAGCAAGCUACAUCAUUUACGCACUUUUAUCUGCAUAGACCCCCUAAUGGAUGAUGUAAGUGACCUUUUCAAUCAGAUAAUACAAAGCAUGAAGAAGUUGCGUGUACUAUGUUUGUCAUCUUACAGCAGUAGUAAGUUGCCAGAAUCUGUUGGUGAGUUGAAGCAUCUUCGGUACUUGAACAUCAUUAGAACACUGAUUACUGAAUUACCAAGAUCUCUAUGUUCUCUUUACCACUUGCAGUAUCUUCGGUUCAAUUGCCAAGUUGAGAGCUUGCCUAUGAAACUCUGCAAUUUGAGGAAGUUACGGCAUCUUGAACGGCAUGAUGAUCGAAUGUACAGGCCAUACAGGCAAGCAGUGCCUCAAAUUCCUAACAUUGGCAAGCUAACUUCGCUUCAACAACUUGAGAAAUUUUCUGUGCAAAAGAAAAAGGGAUAUGAGUUGCAACAACUGAGGGACAUGAACAAGAUUGGUGGCAGUUUAACUGUCACAAAUCUUGAGAAUGUCGCUGGGAAGGUUCAGGCCUUGGAGUCGAAGCUGCACCAGAAAAUUCAUCUUGACAGCUUGAAACUUGUCUGGAGUUGCAAGAAUAACACGAAUGCAGAAGAUAAUUUACAUUUGGAGAUUCUAGAAGGCCUAAUGCCAUCGCCUCAACUUGGAGGCCUUACAGUUGAUGGUUAUAAAUCAUCCAAAUAUCCGGUCUGGUUACUUGAUGGUUCAUAUUUUGAGAAUUUGAGAUCUUUAAGCUUUGUUAAUUGCUGUGCAUUAGAAAGCCUACCAUCCAAUACUGAGCUAUUUGGGAAUUGCUCUUCACUCGCCCUCUGCAAUGUUCCAAAUCUGAAGACAUUACCUUGUCUUCCCCAAGGACUUGAAUCUUUAAAAGUAGACACAUGCCCACUGCUUAUAUUUAUUUCCAACGAUGAGCUGGGACAUCAUGAUCAGAGAGAGAAUAUCAUGAGGACAGACCACUUGGCAUCACAACUUCGUUUAAUCUGGGAGGUGGAUUCAGGAUCAAACAUUAAGAGUGUUGUCUCGUCGGAACAUUCAUUUCUAAAGAAGUUGAUGAUAUUGAUGCAUGCUGACGUGUCACAUGUUGAAAACCUUGGAAGUGCUCUAGAAAGAGAUAAAGGUGAACCAUUGGUUAAAGAGGAUAUCAUCAAGGCAUGGAUAUACUGUCACGAGCAAAGGAUGGGACUCGUGCAUGGAAAGAGCAUUGGGCUGCCACUGGUUCCACCAUCAGAUCUUAGUGAACUAACUCUUUCAUCAUGCAGUAUUACAGAUGAAGCUUUAGCUGUUUGCCUUGAUGGCCUGGUUUCACUGAGAGAAUUGUCCUUAUGUGGUAUUAUGACUUUAACUACACUUCCUUCAGAAGAGGUACUCCAACAUUUGACAAAACUUGACAUCUUGUCCCUCCUAUCUUGCUGGUGUCUCAGGUCAUUGGGGGGCCUACGAGGUGCUACCUCUCUUUCAAGCUUUCAAUUGUCUUCCUGCCCUUCUUUAGAAUUAUCAUGUACUGGAUCAGAAUGUUUGCCAUCAUCCCUUAAGAGCCUCAGAGUAUCCUAUUGCAUGCUCACAGCUGACUUCCUCUGUACUGACUGGCCACCCAUGGAAACUAUCUCCAUAGUGAACUGCAGAAGCACCGCAUGCUUGUCGUUUGGCAGUCUUACCUCUGUUAAGUUCUUCGUACUCUAUCACUUACCGGAUUUAUGUACGCUGGAAGGAUUGUCUUUGCUGCCACUUAAAGUGUUACAUUUGAUUGAUGUUCCAAAACUCACCCCCGAGUGUAUGUCACAGUUUCGUGUCCAGGGAGCACUCGUUGUUAGCAGUACCAUAAUACUCAACAACAUGCUCUCGGCUGAAGGUUUCACAGUUCCAGGAUUUCUCUCUGUGCAAGGUUGCAGCGAACCAUUCAUUUCAUUCGACGAAUCCACAAAUUUCACAUCUGUCAAGAGGCUGAGAUUUUGGGAUUGUCAAAUGACUUCCCUGCCAACAAAUAUGAAGUGCUUCUCCAAUCUGAAGAAUCUCGACAUCUACGACUGCCCUAACAUGUCAUCUUUACCAGAUCUGCCAUCUUCCCUCCAACACAUAUAUGUACGGGGUUGUGAACUCUUGAAUGAAAGCUGCCGGGCACCUGAUGGAGAAAGUUGGCCAAAGAUCGCGCAUAUCCGCUGGAAGGAAUUUAUUUAGUUGAAGUGUGACACUUACAAACAAAUGGAAAGGUAAAGCUCCCAUCGGCCACGUUGGAACUCCAAGAGCGCGUGAACCGUGAGAUGGUCAUCGUGUGCGGCUGACCAGCAAUCUCACGUCCCACGCGGUAGGUCUUCAGUCUCUGCGGCAGAGACUCUGCCUCGCGCGCAACGGCGUCGAUUCUCCCUCGCCGGCGUCCUAGUUGCUCCCCUCCAGCCCGGCCCCCUGCGUCGACCUCGCCUCCUUUCCUGCACACAUAUUUGCAAAGAGAUGCAAAUUGUCAAGUGAAGUAAGUUCAGACUGCAGAAGUAAGAAGGAUGCAGGGUUCAUGCAGUUUUAUAUGUGUAUUCAAAAUAUGAAUGUAUGUAACCAAGUUGUACCAUGAUGUAGAUUCAUUUGAUGUCAGGAUGUAUAUUUAUUUCCACAUAUAUUCUUUGUUACUUACUGUCGGGAUGUAUUUUAGUUCAAACAAGGUUGUGUGCUUUUUGCUCCUUCAAAAAGGGAAGAGCACUUCUAGAUCUGCAAUAUGAUAGAUCACAGGUGAUUUUUGUU